AUGUCCGGAGGAAACAAAGUCACCAUUUUUGCUCUAGCUAUGAUGUUGUGCAUCUUACUUCAAACUAGCAUCUCAAAUGCAGAUACAUUUCCCGCUGGUGGCGCUAAUGGUUGGGGUUUCAGCAUGAAUGACUGGCCUAAUGGCAAGAUUUUCAAGGUUGGUGACAUCAUUGAGUUUAAAUACCCAGCUGGGAUCCACAAUGUUGUGCAAGUGAGCAAGGCAGGGUUUGACUCUUGUGAUGGUACUGGAGGACAAGUUUUCAGUUCAGGAGACGACAAAAUAACACUUGCUCAAGGAACAACGUACUUCAUUUGCAGCAUCGGACAACAUUGUGCUAAUGGUGUCAAGGCUGCUGUCACCACCAAAUAAUUUACUUCAACUAGCUACACUUACCAUAAUCUUUUAAUACUUCAUUCUAGCUAAUAGUUGUA